AUGGAGUCAUCCACAAACGGGUCCAGUUUUGGGAUCGACUCACUACUCUCACACAGACCUGGCAGUCCGGUUAUGUCGAAGGGGGACAGUCUUGUCGGGGAAUGCCGGUCUCCGCUGGAGUUCAGCCCACGAUCUGACCUGGAAAGCGGUUGCUCGUCCCCGCCGUCACCGAGGCGAGAAUGUGGAGAUGAGGCUGUCCAGCGACAGGGUCUUGCACUUGGGUUGCCGGCCCACCUUCAGCACGGCCAGAUCUCUGCCGGUUCCCAACCUCGGACUGUCACCUCAUCUUUCCUUAUUAGAGACAUUUUAGCUGACUGCAAACCGCUGGCUGCUUGUGCGCCAUACUCGAGCAAUGGCCAACCGACUCAAGACGGGGGAAGACUUGCCUCCAAAAUAGCAGACGACUUCAUCGAGAAGAUACACAGUAAUUCGUCAUCAGACAGCGAAUACAAAGUGAAAGAAGAAGGCGACCGGGAGAUUUCGAGUAGCAGAGACAGCUCUCAGGUCCGCCUGAAGAAGCCCCGGAAGGCGCGCACCGCCUUCACCGACCAUCAACUGGCCCAGCUAGAGCGCAGCUUCGAACGCCAAAAGUAUCUAAGCGUGCAAGACCGAAUGGAACUGGCAGCCUCCCUUAAUCUUACGGACACGCAAGUGAAAACUUGGUACCAGAAUAGGAGGACCAAAUGGAAGAGACAAACUGCAGUCGGACUUGAACUUUUAGCGGAAGCUGGAAACUACUCUGCCCUUCAACGGAUGUUUCCGUCGCCAUACUUCUACCCACAGAGCCUGGUAUCCAACUUGGAUCCAGGAGCGGCGCUGUAUUUGUACAGAGGACCAUCGGCUGCUCCUCCACCGGCUCUUCAACGACCCCUCGUCCCUCGGAUUCUUCUUCACGGUCUGCAAGGUGGUAGCGAGCCACCGCCACCUUUAACCUCCCUGUCUGGCGUGCUGCCACGACCUACACAGCCACGAUGAGCAGAG